ACAUUCAGCGGUUCACCAUAUAGACACACCGCCUGGGACCCGUUUCACAAUAAACAGAAAAGGCAUCAACAGUUACUGUCUGAGCCGCUCGGGUUGUAAACGCUGCUUUUCUCAGAUCGCAAUGAAACGAGGGGAGCAUGGGGGCUAAAGAGUCGAGGAUAGGAUUCCUGUCGUAUGACGAAGCUGUCAAGAGAGUUACUGAUGUGGAACUGAAGCGGCUGAAGGAUGCCUUCAAGAGAACCAGCGGUCUGUCAUGUUACAUGACCCAACAGUGUUUCUACAGAGAAGUGCUGGGAGAUGGGGUUCCCCCGAAGGUUGCAGAGGUGAUCUACAGCUCGUUUGGAGGCUCCUCUAAAGGGCUGCACUUUAACAACCUGAUAGUGGGGCUAGUGCUGCUGACCAGAGGGCGUGAUGAGGAGAAGGCUAAGUACCUCUUCAGCCUGUUUGCCAGUGAUCUCAGUGGAUAUGCUGCCAGGGAAGAUAUCGAGGCAGUUCUGCAGGCCCUUGAUGGAGAAGUCCCGUCCUCCCUGAAGAGGUGCUUCGCAGAGAGUGACAAGGUCAACUAUGAGCGCUUCAGGAACUGGCUGCUGCAGAACAAGGAGGCCUUCACUCUGUCUCGAUGGCUUCUCUCUGGAGGAGUGUGUGUCACGCUGACAGAUGACAGUGACACGCCCACCUUCUACCAGACCCUCGCUGGCGUCACACACUUGGAGGAGUCGGACAUAAUAGACUUGGAGAAGCGCUACUGGCUGCUCAAAGCCCAGUCCAGAACUGGCCGCUUUGAUUUGGAAACCUUCGUCCUGCUGGUGUCUCCUCCUAUCCAUUCCUCUCUGAGUGAAGGUCUGUUUCACGCCUUCGAUGAAAAUCGGGACAAUCACAUAGACUUCAAAGAGAUCUCUUGUGGACUCUCAGCGUGCUGUAGGGGGCCUGUUGCUGAAAGGCAGAAAUUUUGCUUCAAAGUGUUUGAUGUGGACCGUGACGGGAUUCUGUCUCGAGAUGAGCUCCAUGAGAUGGUUGUUGCCUUGCUGGAGGUGUGGAAGGACAAUCGCACAGACACAAUCCCUGAGCUGACCAGCAGCGUCUCAGACAUAGUGGAGGAAAUUGUGAAGAUGCAUGACACGACCAAGUUGGGUCACUUGACCCUUGAAGACUACCAGAUCUGGAGCGUGAAGAGCGCUUUGGCCAACGAGUUCCUGAACCUGCUCUUCCAGGUUUGCCACAUAGUGCUGGGCCUCAGACCUGCCACUCCUGAAGAGGAAGGGCAGAUCAUCAGGGGGUGGUUAGAGAGGGAGAGCAGACAUGGGCUGCAGCAGGGCCAAAGCUGGUUCCUGAUCUCCAUGCUGUGGUGGCAGCAGUGGAAGGACUAUGUUAAAUAUGAGCAUAAAGGCAUCGUUGUGGAGCAGCCGUCCAUUCUGAGCUCACUCAGGCCCCUGACAGCCAUGGCCACCGUGGAUCCCGUAAACCCUGACAGGCCCGGGGGUCUGGGGACCUUCGGCCCCUUCAGUCCCUCAGAGGAAAAGUCUCCUGAUGCUGUGUCCAGUGCCUCAGAAGCAACAGAAACUGCACUGAGUCCUCAGCUGGCUCCCUCUGCAGCAGAGAGCUGCUUCGCCCGUCAGCACAACAUUUCAGAAAACAACAAUCAGUGUUUUUCUGGAGCCAAUGGCCACCUGCCCUCCCAGCUGACAGCACAGAGGCCUGGAGCCAUCGACAACCAGUCUCUGGUCACCACCGACCCCAUAAAGGCCCCUACGUUAACUAUGGAGGGUGGCAGACUGAAGCGCUCUUUGCAGCUGGUGCCUGGUAGAGACUUUGAGAUGGUGCCAGAGCCUGUGUGGCGGGCCCUCUACCACUGGUACGGUGCCAACCUGAGCCUGCCACGACCGGUUAUCCUGGAAAGCAAGACUGGUCAAGCAGAGCUGGAGCUGUUCCCCCGCUACCUCCUGUUCCUCCGCCAGCAGCCCGCCACACGCUCCCCUCAGUCCAACAUCUGGGUCAAUAUGGGUAUGACCAGCCUGCGAAUGUUCCCUCCGUAUUUGCCACCACCAAGAGGAAAUGUGCCGUCUCCUAACGCUCCUCUGAAGAGGAUGCUGGCGUACACAGGCUGCUUCAGCCGCAUGGCCACCAUCAAGGACAUCCACCUGUACCUGUCACAGCGGCUCCGCAUCAAGGAGGAGGACAUGAGACUCUGGCUCUACAACAGUGAGAACUACCUGACCCUGCUUGAUGAUGAAGACCACACUCUGGAGAGUCUGAAGAUCCAGGAUGAGCAGCAGCUAGUUAUUGAGGUCAGGAACAAAGACAUGAGCUGGCCUGAGGAAAUGUCCUUCAUCGCCAACAGCAGCAAAAUGGACAGACACAAAGUUCCUACUGAGAAAGGAGCAACUGGUCUCAGUAACCUUGGCAACACGUGUUUUAUGAACUCCAGCAUUCAGUGUGUGAGCAACACCAAGCCUCUGUCGGACUACUUUCUGUCGGGGAGACAUCUGUAUGAACUCAACAGGAUCAAUCCCAUCGGGAUGAGGGGUCACAUGGCCAAGUGUUAUGGAGACUUGGUGCUGGAGCUGUGGAGUGGGACCCAGAAGAGUAUUGCUCCUCUCAAACUCAGGUGGACGAUAGCAAAGUAUGCCCCUCGCUUCAACGGCUUCCAGCAGCAGGACUCCCAGGAGCUGCUGGCGUUCCUCCUGGAUGGCCUCCAUGAAGACCUGAACCGGGUCCAUGAGAAGCCAUAUGUGGAGCUGAAGGACAGCGAUGGGCGGCCAGACUGGGAGGUGGCUUCUGAGGCCUGGGAGAACCACCUUCGCAGGAACCGCUCCAUCGUGGUGGAUCUGUUCCACGGUCAGCUCAAGUCCCAGGUCAAGUGUAAAACCUGUGGCCACAUCAGCGCUCGCUUCGACCCCUUCAACUUCCUGUCCCUUCCUCUGCCCAUGGACAGCUCCAUGCACCUGGAGAUCACUGUUAUUAAACUGGACGGCUCCACGCCGGUGCGGUACGGACUGAGGCUGAACAUGGAUGAGAAAUACACGGGGCUGAAGAAGUUGCUGAGUGAGCUGUGCAUCCUGAAGCCGGAGCAGAUCCUCCUGGCUGAGGUCCAUGCUUCCAACAUCAAGAACUUCCCUCAGGACAACCAGAAGGUGCGUCUCUCUGUCAAUGGCUUCCUCUGUGCGUUUGAGGUCCCGGUGCCGGGUUCGCCAACAUCUCUGAGCUCACCCCCACUCACAGGUUAUUCUCCUUAUUGGAGGUCUGCAUGGUCCUCUACUACUGUCUCUGCAUUUUCUAUUUUCAUCAUCUUUUGCCUUUUUCGACCAGACAUCUCUCCAACAACCAAAGGCUCAGCUGCUACCAGGCACCUAAUCGCUAACGGUGGGCCUGGCACACUGAUACCCAGCAGCCCAGAGACGCCUCUGGUCAAUGGGGUUGCCAACGGACAUAUGAGCCCCAUGCAGGACAGCCCUUUCAUUGGAUACAUCAUCGCCAUGCACAGAAAGAUGAUGCGGACAGAGUUGUACUUCCUGUCAUCUCAGAAGAACCGGCCCAGCCUGUUUGGGAUGCCGCUCAUCGUCCCCUGCACUGUCCACACCAGUAAGAAGGACCUGUAUGACGCAGUCUGGAUCCAAGUGUCCCGACUGGCCAGCCCACUGCCCCCCCAGGAGGCCAGCAACCAUGCUCAGGACUGUGAUGACAGCAUGGGGUACCAGUACCCCUUCACUCUGCGGGUGGUGGGGAAGGACGGCAACUCGUGUGCUUGGUGUCCCUGGUACAGGUUCUGUCGAGGCUGCACCAUAGAGUGUACAGAGGACAGAGCAUCUGUAGGGAAUGCUUAUAUAGCUGUGGACUGGGAUCCCACCGCUCUGCACCUUCGCUACCAGACCUCCCAGGAGAGGAUUGUGGAGGAGCACUGCAGUGUGGAGCAGUCUCGACGAGCCCAGGCUGAGCCCAUCAGCUUGGACAGCUGUCUGAAGGCAUUCACCAGCGAAGAGGAGCUGGGGGAGGAUGAGCUCUACUACUGCUCAAAGUGCAAGACCCACCGGCUGGCCACUAAGAAGUUGGACUUGUGGAGGCUCCCUCCCAUCCUGAUUGUCCACCUGAAGCGCUUCCAAUUUGUCAACGGUCGCUGGAUAAAGUCUCAGAAGAUUGUUAAAUUCCCUCGAGAGAGUUUUGACCCCAGCGCCUUCCUGGCUCCCAGAGAUCUGGAGCAUCGCUCUCUGCACUCACGCAGCGAGAGUGAGGACCUCCUGAGGGUCAGGGAAGACAACCUGUCCUCCAUCUCUGCUCCGGCUGGCUUCUGCAACCUGCCCAAAGCCUCUCCAGCCUCCAGCAGAAGAUCAACACCAUCUCUCAGUCGGAACAGCAGCCCCUCCGGUAGUCCAAAGCCUGCUGGUCGCAGGUCAGCCCGGCUGCGGCUGCCGCAGCUUGGCAGCAAGCACCGGCUCUCCAGCAGCAAGGAGAACUUAGACGGAGCUGCGUCCUCUGAAGCCGAAUCCCAGGACGGUGCGCCGCAGGCGGACACAGAGGAGAGGGUGGCGAUAGCGGCAGGACCAGGGCCUAUGGGCUCCAGCGAUCAGGCGGCAUCAGAGUCAUCCUGCGGCACAGAGGCGUCCAGCAGCCACUGUGACGUAAUCUUGAUGAAUGGAGAUAGCAACGGAAUGGGGUCAGACUGCAGCAUAGAGAGCAACGUGGAUCCUGAUAGUUCUUUGCUUCAUCACAGGGACAUGUGUCUGGAUCCCCUCUACAACCUCUAUGCAAUAUCAUGUCAUUCAGGAAUCAUGGGAGGGGGCCACUAUGUGACAUAUGCCAAAAACCCCAAUGACAAGUGGUACUGUUACAAUGACAGUAGCUGCAAGGAAGUUCACUCUGAGGAGAUUGACACCGACUCGGCCUACAUCCUGUUCUACGAGCAGCAGGGAGUCGACUACUCCCAGUUCCUGCCAAAGAUCGACGGCAAAAAGAUGGCAGACACCAGUAGCAUGGACGAAGACUUUGAGUCUGACUACAAGAAGUACUGUGUCCUUCAGUGAGCGCGCCGCCUUCCAGUCACUACACUACACCUGCGCUCCGCUCUGGUUCUGGGCAGGAAGCGCCAGCUGUUUGGAUCCUCCCAGACUGCUAACGGCUCGGAGCCACGCCUCUGUCCGCCUGCAUGGAGGCAUCGCAGCACUUCUAACCAACCCAAAUCUAGAUUAGUCACACCUUCUCCUCCCCUUCUUCCCCAAAGCACUAAUGUGGUACAAGUGAAAGCCCAAUGAAAACAAAAAAAAUAAAAAAUAUAACAAUCCUCCUUUAUGUGUAUUUUGCCAUAGCAAACCUGUAACAUUCAGCUGAACCUCACAGAUCUCUGAAUGUAUGCCGAUGUGGCCGAGUCAUGAAGUGAUGUUACUUUCUCACUGUACAUUGGUCACCUGUGAUGACGGGAGGAGAGAAAGCAUUUCCGCCUGAGGUUGUCAUCAGAGGAAGAACAGCGUCUCUGUUUUCUGGGUCUGGAAUGCCAUUGGAGAAUAGUUAAAGUUCAGUACAUACAUGCUGGUAUCAUAUGUGAUGCCCAGGCCAUUAUGGAUUUGAAACUUCUUAUCUAGACUAUUUGAUACUGUGAGAUGCUUUUAUAGCUGUUUUAUUAGGGUAAUGUGUCACUAGGAUUAAUAUCAUAUGCUACCUCAUCACUUCCCAUCAUGCAGUCUGUGCAGCAGCUGUAGCCUAAAUGUAUGAAACAGUGUUAAUGAGAAAUAUGUUGUUCCUUCCGCUGUAGGAGACGAGGUACUUGCAUUUCAGAGUUUCCACACACACAAAAAUAGAGGAAAUGCAGCGCUCUGAACCUGAACCCCACGGCUGCCAAAUGACUGGUGUAGAUGUGUGUAAAGCCACAACUCCAGGAGCUCACCUGGAAACCUCCAUUUAUUCUGGAGAGGUGCCAUGAUAAAAAAAAACAGAAGCAUAAAUAUGUCCAGUAUAUGUUCAUGACUUUGUCCCUGGAUUCUGGGGAGGUGGCGUUUUAUAAGACAUGUUUUAUUUUUGUAUAUAGAAAGGCUUUCUGUUGAGGCGGAUCUUUUUAGAUCAGACCUGGAUAUCUAGCUGAAGCCACGCCCACAGGAAGCAAACUUCUCUUUGCACCUUACCCCUGCUGCAGUUCCCUUCUGUCACUUUACACAUCUUUCUGAUGAUUAAAUCUUUGCAACCUUGGAAACAAACCUGGAAUAUUUAGGGAGAACAAAUGUUAACUGUACUAUCAUCAAGAAUUUUAUUAGUGGUUUUAUUAUUCUGAUAUUUAAUCAAUAACCUAAAAAAACUUGAUUGAUGCAGCUGAGCCUUCGAAUUGUAAUUAUUCAAGUGAUGUCAAUUUAAAGGGAUAGUACCCACUUUUUGAAGUGAGAUUUUGUUCAGAGACUCUUAAAACUACUGCAGUCUCAAAGAAUUUCCUGAACUUAAUGUACACAUUGGUUCAUAAAUCUUUAAACCAGUCAUACUUGCUAUGGACGUAUUUCUAGUGAGAAUUUUAGUUGGUUGGAAAGUUAGUUGGUUAAUCACAGGAGCAGGUGGAACAUGUGCAGCAAAGCAGAAAGAGGUAAAUGUACCAGUAUAUGUUUCACAUUUGAAGGCCAUUAUGGCCCAAUUUACCUGCAAACAGGGACAGAUUUCUGUGUAAAUAAGAAUUUAAUGCAAACAUGACUGCACUGAAAGAUUUGUAAAAUAGUGUUAACAUAACUCAUGAUGCUUAUUUUGAGAUUUCCGUUCAAAAAAUAAAAGUCUGUUUUAGCCUCGCUUUGGCUCUACUGAAAGUAGGAUAUUGACUGCUCAUGACCUCACACCUGAACCCCACUUCAGGAGAUUUCUAGUUAUAAUUAAUAUCUGAACCAUCUUCAGCCUGCCACUGGUUCAAAGUAAAUGUGAGCGGAAGUGAUUUCCACCUGAUUCGGCUCCAAAGUCAAACAGGUUUUUCAUAAGAUCAGCUGGUUACUUAUGAUCUUGUGCUGAUCUGGUGUCAGAUUUGUAAGCCCCUUUACAGAUUUUUUCAGACAACCUGCUGAUGUGGGCUGAUGGUAAAGUCUGACAUCAGAUGACUCAUGAUUACUGUACAAAUUAAAUAUGUGCAGUAGCACCAAAGGUUUUGAGUUCAUAACAUGACAUCUCAGCACACAUUCAGCUAAAACAAGUUCCAACGGCCUCAAAAUGAGAUUUGUUUGCACCAUUAACUCCCAGCAUGAAUUGAAAAGAUAAAGCUACACUGCAUUCCUUAAGUGAGCAGCUUGGUCAAAAGUUUCUGUCAAUUCAGCUGAAUGCAAGCGCAAAGGCAAACAUGUUUCUUUCACUUAAAGCUGGAUCUGUUUUAAGUUGAUCAUUAGUAGUAGGAAACCUCUGCAGCUGAAAUGUCCUCCGGCUCCCCCAUAACACACACGCGCACACACACCAAAUGUUUGCUUCCUUUUUAGCUGCUGUCUCCAAGGAGAAGACAUUGUUCUGGAGAAUAUGUGUUAGAAUGAAGUCUUCUUUUCCUUUGCAAAGACUGUUGAAUGAAUGAAAGUAUGCAGAUGAGUGCUAUUUAUGUUUGCUCUGAACGCUGUUUUAUUUCUCCACCUUUCUGCCUUUUAGCUGAGCUAUUUAUGACGUUCAGUUUUAUGUGUUUGAAAUGACUUAAAGGGAAAAUUGCAGUAAGGAUCAGAUCAGUCAAGAACCCAUUUUCUAGUGUUGCAUUCAGUUAUAUGCCCAGUACAUGUCAGUUUUUGAUUUUGUUGUUUUCUGUCCAUAAAUGUGCCCUCAGGCCACCUGCAGCUCAAACUGUUGUUAAAAAUAGGGGCUAAUUUUAGCACAAUUUUCAGAAAUCUAAAAAUCUGCCCAAUGGAACCAAUCUGUUAGCUGAGGCUGGACAAACAGACCCAGUUAAACCACAGGGCUGAUGCCCCCUGCCCCACCCCUCACCCUGCACAUAACUUCAGCAUGUUGGCAGGCGGAGCGAUCUACUACUGAGCUGUCUGUUUGUAGCCUCUUUUUAUUUAACUUCUGUACUUGCAGCUUGAAAGCUGACUUGUUAAUUUAAGAAUAAAAAAGACGCAUUUUUGUAAGGUGUUUGUUGAAAGAAAGUGACAUUGCACUGACAUUAAAACAUGUACAUAAAGUGUUUUGUAAAUAAGCCAAUGAAAAUUGUGUAUUUGAAUAUGAUCUGUACAAACUAUUGUACUUGUAGUUGUAUAUGGAGUGAUACUGUUGAUCUGUAACAAAAUAACCAAGCAACAAAUUAAACUGCAAAUGAAAUUACAUUCAUUAAAAAUAUUGUUUUUAUUGUUCAAA